AUGGCACCAGGAAACCAAACACAAUUUACUGAAUUUAUCCUCCUGGGAUUUUCUGAGAUACCAGAGCAACAAGGGGCCAUCUUUGGGCUGUUCUUGGGCAUGUACUUGGUCACUGUAUUUGGAAACAUACUCAUAAUGUUGGCUAUUGUCUCUGAUUCUCACCUCCACACCCCCAUGUACUUCUUCCUUUCUAACCUGUCCUUUGUAGAUCUCUGUGUGGUAUCCACCACAGUCCCCAAGAUGUUAGUGAGCAUCUUGACACAAAACAAGGCCAUUUCCUAUGCUGGCUGUCUUGCCCAAAUGUAUUCCUUUAUGGUUUUUGCUGGUUUGGACAAUUUCCUUCUCACUGCAAUGGCCUAUGACCGUUUUGUGGCCAUCUGUCACCCUCUGCGCUAUACAUCCAUCAUGAGUCCCGAACUCUGUUGCCUGCUGGUGCUGCUCUCCUGGAUAUUAAGUCUUCUAGACUCCCUCCUUCACACCCUGCUAUAUACCAAAUGCAUGGGACCAAGAAACCAAACGUAUGUGUCAGAAUUCUUCCUCCUGGGAUUUUCUGAGACUGCAGAACAGCAGAUGCCACUUUUUGGGCUCUUCCUGGGCAUGUACAUGGUCACUGUGGUUGGGAACCUUCUCAUCAUACUGGCCAUUGUCUCAGAUGCCCACCUCCACACCCCCAUGUACUUCUUCCUCUCUAAUCUGUCCUUUGUUGAUUUUUGUCUAGUAUCCACUACAGUGCCCAAGAUGCUGGUGAACAUCCUCUCACAAAAUCAGGCUAUCUCCUAUGCUGGAUGUCUUGCCCAAAUGAAUUUCUUCUUGGUUUUUGCUUUUUUAGACAAUUUUCUUCUCACUGUAAUGGCUUAUGACCGUUUUGUGGCCAUCUGUCAUCCUCUGCACUAUGUCACUAUAAUGAGUCCACAAAUAUGUGGUCUGUUGGUUCUGAUCUCAUGGACCAUUAGUCUGCUAAACUCCACUCUCCACACUUCAAUGAUGACGAGGCUGACGUUCUGUUCACAACAUAAACUUCCACAUUUUUUCUGUGAUAUUAGUCAGGUUAUAAAGCUUUCUUGUUCUGAUACCCUCAUCAAUAAUAUCUUAGUGUAUUUUGUAACUUGUCUGCUGGCUAUUCUCCCCCUCAUAGGCAUUCUUUUCUCUUAUAGUCAGAUCUGUUCUUCUUUACUGAGAGUCCCAUCACCUGGGGGGAAGUAUAAAGCCUUUUCUACCUGUGGGUCUCACCUCUGUGUUGUUUCACUAUUUUAUGGGACAGGGCUGGGAGUCUAUCUGAGCUCCGCAGCUGCCCACUCUUCCUGGAAGAUCCCAGUUGCCUCAGUGAUGUAUUCUGUGGUCACUCCCAUGUUGAACCCCUUCAUCUAUAGCAUGAGAAACAAGGACAUAAAAGAUGCCCUCAGGAGGCUUAUUAGCAGAACAUUUGCCUUUCCCUAG